AUGGCUCCCACUCCCUCGAAUCCCCGUGCGUGGGAGAACCUGACCCCCGCGCUCUCGCCAUGGGUCCUCGACGCCGUGUCCUCCAUGGGCUUUGCCCGCAUGACCCCCGUCCAGGCUAGCACUAUCCCGCUCUUCAUCGGCUACAAGGAUGUCGUCGUUGAGGCUGUCACUGGUAGCGGCAAGACGCUGUCGUUCUUGAUCCCGGUCGUCGAGCGCCUACUACGACUUGAAGAGCCCAUUCGGAGGCACCAUGUCGGCGCGAUCAUUAUUUCUCCUACGAGAGAACUUGCGUCGCAAAUCCACACCGUGCUGCUCUCUCUCCUCCAGUUCCAUGCGCCCUCGGCUGCAGCUAUCAGGAAACACGAUGGCUCCGACGCGGGCGACGCGGAGCCGCAGCCCACGUUCCCUUCUUCAACCCUUAAAGUUAUACCCCAGUUGCUGCUCGGAGGCAACACCACCCCCGCCCAAGACCUCAGCACGUUCCUUAAAACAUCGCCGAACCUCCUCAUCGCGACGCCCGGCCGCCUGCUCGAGCUCCUCUCGUCCCCGCAUGUACAUUGUCCGCAGACGUCGUUCGAAGUGUUGGUCAUGGACGAGGCGGACAGACUGUUAGAUCUCGGUUUCAAGGACGACCUGCAGAAGAUCCUGCAGCGCCUGCCCAAGCAGCGGCGCACCGGCUUGUUUAGUGCCAGUGUCAGCGAGGCCGUCUCGCAGCUCGUCCGCGUCGGCUUGCGCAACCCUGUCCGUAUUGCCGUAAAGGUCAAAUCGGCCUCGGGCGCUCUGGAUAAGAGAACCCCUGCGUCGUUACAAAUGACCUAUGUCCUCACGCCACCUACGCACAAGAUUCCCGCCGUUGCUAAACUCCUCGAAACUCUCUCACCUGUCCCACAAAAGUCUAUCAUUUUUCUUUCUACCUGCGCUAGCGUGGACUAUUUCCAGCACAUUCUGCCUACUCUUCUAUCCUCCUGCACUGUCGUACCGCUUCACGGCAAGCAUCCCCCUAAUGUUCGCGAGAAGAACUUCAAGCGCUUUUCUGAGAGUGUCACGCCCACUCUUCUCCUGACGACGGACGUGGCUGCUCGCGGCCUCGAUAUCCCUUCGGUGGACCUCGUCAUCCAAUUGGACCCUCCCAGCGACCCCAAGACGUUCAUCCACCGCUGCGGUCGAGCCGGCCGUGCCGGACGCCGCGGCCUUGCCGUGACCUUCCUCACGCAAGGCACGCACGAGGAGGACUACAUCCCGUUCCUCUCGGUGCGGCAAACCCCGGUCGCGCCGCUCACGACACCACGCAUAGAGACGACGGACGAGGAAGCCUCAGCCGCGACGCAGACGAUCCGCGACCUCGUGCUGAAAGACCGCGCCGUGCACGACAAGGCGCAGCGCGCCUUUGUCAGCUGGGUGCAGUCGUACAGCAAGCACGCGGCGAGCAGCAUCUUCCGGGUCAAGGAGAUCGACUGGCAAGCGCAAGCCGAGUCAUGGGGCCUGCUGCGGCUGCCCAAGAUGCCGGAGCUGAAGGCGUGGGACGGGGACAAGCGGCUGGGCCUCUCGGACGCGAUCGACUGGAAUGCGUACGGCUACGCGGACGCGGUCAGGGAGAAGCGGCGGCGGGAGGAGACGGCGGCGUGGUUGGCGAAGCCGGCGAGCGAGAUCGAGGAGGAGCGCGCGGCGAAGCGGAGGAAGAAUGAGAAGACGGCGGCGUGGAGCGGGCAGCGCGAGGCGAAGGCUGAGAGGGAGGUCAGGCGCGAGAAGAGACAUCGCAAGAAGGAGGGCGAGCGCAAGAAGAAACUUACGGGUGAGGAGAGGGAAAAGGAAGAGCAGUUGCUGGGCAUGAUUGAGAAGGUGAGGGCCGAGACGAAGGCGAGGGAGAAGGAGGAGAGGGAGGCCGAGGAGGAGUUUAAUGGGUUUGAUGAUUGAUUGGCUGGUUUGGUUUGGUUUGGCUUGGUUGGGUGGGUGGGUGUAUAUCACAUCGAACACAUAGAUCCAAUAACAAUGACCAGGUUGCUCUGGAAGAACGAUGUACCUACCCAUGGCG